GUUAGAGAAAAGGAAAAGUCAAGAAAGAGCAAAAGACAUUAAGAAAUAGCUUCUUGAUGCGGAGUUGCUUGAUGGGAUGGGCAAUUGGAAUUUGGGAGGUCAUGUAAGCUGGUUCGAAUCGUAUGUUUACUAAACUAAACUUAUUAUGCGACAUUGCGACUCACUCACGCACUCACCGACCCACCCUCGAUAGUCAAUCUAUUCUUGAUUGCCAAUUCGCAUCGCAUCGCUGACUCAACUCAAUUUGCAAAACACUGAUUAAUCAAUUAUCAGAUAGACAGAGAGGAAAUACAUCGCAUCGCUGAUUGAUUUUCAAUUCCAUAGAAAUCCAAUAGAAGAAAUACGAAAGAUGAAGAGGUCUCUUAGAAAGUUGGGAGUUCUGGCAGUAGAGAAGCAUGAGCGUGACCGCCGAAACAUUAUGCCUUUGUCCCAGCUAGAGGAGCUCGCUCAGGCUACCCAGGAGAUGCAAGACAUGAGAGACUGCUACGAUAGCUUGCUUUCCGCGGCAGCAGCGACCGCCAACAGUGCUUACGAAUUCUCAGAGUCCUUGGGAGAUUUGGGCUCUUGCCUUCUGGAGAAAACCGCCUUGCAUGACGACGAAGAAAGCGGCAAAGUUCUCAUAAUGCUCGGUAAAAUACAGUUUCAACUCCAGAAGCUUAUUGAUAAAUAUCGCUCUCAUAUCACCCAGACAAUUACCAUUCCUUCGGACUCUCUUCUCAAUGAACUUCGAAUUGUUGAGGAGAUGAAGCAACAAUGUGAUGAAAAAAGAGAAGUAUAUGAGUCCAUGUUAACAAGAUAUAGAGAAAGAGGUAGGUCUAGAAGCGGAAAAGCAGAGAGUAUUUCCUUGCAGCAGUUGCAAAUUGCUCGUGAUGAAUAUGACGUGGAGGCGACAUUAUUUGUUUUCCGCUUGAAAUCUCUGAAGCAAGGGCAAUCGUGGAGCCUUCUAACACAGGCAGCACGUCACCAUGCAGCUCAGUUAUGUUUCUUCAAGAAAGCAGUUAAAUCUCUUGAGACUGCAGAGCCACAUGUAAAAUCAGUAACAGAUCAGCAUCACAUUGAUUACCACUUCAUUGGUAUUGAAGGAGAGGAUGAGGAUGAAGAUGAAGAUGGUGAUGUAGAUCAUGACGAUGAGAGUCAUGAUGAGAAUGAUGAUGGUGAGCUGAGUUUUGACUAUGCACAAAAUGAAUGCGAGCAAGAUGUUUCUACAUUUGAGAACUCAAUGAAGGAAAACUUGGAUAGGCUUCGCAGGAAUUCAUUCUCCUUCAAGGUUAGGUCAGCUAGCCAAUCUGCCCCACUUUUUGUUGAUAAUAAGCGUGAUUCUAGCGAAAAGCUGAGACAGAUGCGGCAAACUUUAUCACGGAAGUUCAAUUCAUAUGUGCUGCCUACACCAGUUGAUGGGAAGAGUUCAAUAUCUUUGAGGUCAAGUAAUCAAGUACCUUCAAAAAUAAAGACAAAUUUAAAUGAGCCUGUGAAGAAUUUGUGGCAUUCAUCCCCACUGGAAAAAAAGAAAUAUGAAAACAUUUUUGGAGAUGGGGGAUUUUCUGGUCCUGAUGUUAGGACUGCACAGUCUGUACUGAAGGAGAGUAACAGCAAUACUGCCUACUCAAGAUUGCCACCUCCUUUAAUCGAUGGUAAUUUAUCCUCAAAUCAUGAUUAUAUUACUGCUUACUCGAAAAAGAUCAAAAGACAUGCCUUUUCUGGUCCAUUGGUAAGUAAUGCAUGGCCAACCAAGCCACCUGUCUCGGUUAAAAGUGUCCAAUUGUUUUCUGGACCUCUUUUACGGACCUCAAUUCCUCAGCCUCCAUCAUCAUCUCCAAAAGUAUCUCCUAGUGCUUCUCCCCCUCUUUCAUCUUCACCUAAAAUAAAUGAGCUUCAUGAACUUCCAAGGCCUCCAACCAUUUCCCCAUCCAAUUCUAAGUUUUUAGGUUUGGUGGGUCAUUCAGGUCCAUUGGUGUCCCGAGGUCAACAGCUUUCUGCCCCAAAUUAUUUUGCUACAUCAAAUGCAGCAUCUCCAUUGCCGAUGCCUCCUUCAGCCAUGGCUCGAAGUUUUUCAAUACCUAAUAUUGGGGAUAAAGUUACAGAAUUACAUGAGUCAAGACCAGAAGAAGCCCCUAAUAAAUCAACAAUAUCUGAGGAUAUUGAUUCUCCUCCUCUGAUGCAAAUUGCUUUAUCUACUAGUCACCCAUCAUCAGAUGGCUCGGACACUGUUGCUCAGGCUGUCUAGUCAGGAGGUAAUAUUUAAAAUAGGAUACUUUAGUUUAAUUAUUUCCUUUUUUUCAUGGUUUAAUUAGGUAUUUCCGUAUUUGUUAUAAAUUAUUAAAUAUAAUUGAAGUUUCAUUUAUAAAUGGAAAAGCCUUCUUCUCAUUACUUGGUUUCAAGUGAGAAAAAAUGGACGAGGGUUAACACUCAAUCCUAUAAUAUUAAGUUCUUGGAAAGCCCUGUUGGGAUGGAGGAUAACAUUUUAUUGAUCAAGUUCUAUCAUUAGACACCUCUAUACAAAUAAACUCUAGAUAUGUGUAUUUUUUAUUUUUUGGUCUAAUCUAGAAUGUAUUGACAUUGAAUCUUUUUGAAGUGCAAUAAAUUCUAGAAAUGUGCAAUGGCAUUGAAUCUAUUUAAUGUGCAA